AUGGCUUCACGACGCGCCGGCAGUAUUCUGAGUGCCAUUCUCCAAACGCCCAAACCUACUCCGUUCAUCGCCUCUUCCUCUCGCCUCCGCCCCUACCCUCGUCUGCCGCGCACACUCCAGCCGUCCCAGACCGCACGGCGGUGCGCACACUCGAUACCGAAGCCUCCUCGGCCUGCCGCACCUCAGGCCUCCGCGGGCGGUAAUGGCAAUGGGAGUGGCGACGGGAAUGCGGCCACGACACCGCGCAAGCAGCUGGAGCCGCAUUACCAACUAACCUUCACCUGCGUGCCCUGCGGCGAGAGAUCCUCGCACACCAUCUCCAAGCAGGGCUACCACAAAGGCUCCGUCUUGAUCACCUGCCCGUCAUGCCGCAACCGCCACAUCAUCAGCGACCACCUCAACAUAUUUGGCGAGCGCAAGAUCACCGUCGAGGACCUCAUGAGGGAGAAGGGCCAGCUGGUUAAGCGCGGCACCCUAGGAGAGGACGGAGACAUUGAGUUCUGGGAAGACGAAACAGCAACCCCGCCUGCUGAGGAAGGAGCUGCGACCGAUGGCCGGCCUGAAGCCUCUGCCUUGCGAGAUGCGCGAGACCCAUCGGCCCAAGCCGCCCAGCCCGCGACUGCGACACCGUCGCCAUCGCCCCUCAACACCGGCGGCGCACGUCCUCAUGUAGAUACGCCAUCCCCCACGGGUGCCGCGCCUUCGACCCGGCGCCAAUUCCAUACAAGCAUGCGCCGGCCCGAUGACGAGAGAAUGUCAUUUCGCGAGCUACAGGAGCUACGGGGAGAUCUGAAGCAAACCGUCAAGGCGGAAUCCAAACGACCCCGAACCCACUCUCUGACAGCCGAUAAACGCGGCCCGAAGAUACAUUAUCACUAUUCCCAGAAGGGUUACGCACCGAGAACCAUGCCUCCGACCGCUGACGCCAUUACGACCACCGGAGACGCCGCGGCGGCGGCGGCGGCGGCACCGACAAACCCCAAGCACCCGCGGAAAGGCGUCGUGUACACCUGGCCAGGCAACGCAACGAAAGCGGUGCCUGUGUACCAAGACGCCGGGAAUGCGAGCAAACAGCAGCAGGUCCGUCGGGUAGUAACCGGCCCGGAGACGGCCCCGUCGGCCGACAAGAGGGAGAGGGGACCGCGAGUCGCCGACAUGGAGUUCAUCUCCCAGCGCCCCUUGCCCGAGCAGAUCCACGAAAGCAUAAUGAAGGGCAUGGAGUCCGCGAGCGGGUUGGCGCCACAGCGGGUGCAGCUCGACGCCGAGACCGCAAGGCCAUGA